CUCCAUUCCUCUUGAUUGUUCCGGCCCGUCUCCUCUUCUUGCUUGCUUGCUUGCUCAACCACCUGCAUCCAUCCAUCCUUCUUCUCUUCUCCACCCACAGUCGCAGAUCCAACCAACGGAAAUAAAAUACAAAAUGUGCCCUCCCGUUGAAGAAACACCUGCAUCCAACGGCGCGCCUGCCAAUGGCACCAACGGUGAAAACGGCCACCCAGGCUACUCCGCCGUCAGAAGCACACCCGUCAAGCACGUCUCGCCCUACCAGCCUGUGGGCGAUUUCCUGUCCAACGUUGGCCGCUUCAAGAUCAUCGAGUCCACGCUGCGAGAAGGCGAACAGUUUGCCAAUGCCUACUUUGACCUGGACGCCAAGAUCAAGAUAGCUAAGGCUCUCGACGAGUUUGGUGUCGACUACAUUGAAUUGACAAGUCCUGCCGCCUCGGAGCAAUCCCGCUCCGAUUGCGAAGCUAUUUGCAAGCUUGGUCUCAAGGCCAAGAUCCUCACCCACGUACGAUGCAGCAUGGCGGACGCCAAAAUCGCCGUCGAGACGGGUGUUGACGGUCUCGAUGUUGUCAUUGGCACUUCCAGCUACCUCCGCGAACACAGCCACGGCAAGGAUAUGACGUACAUCAAGAACACGGCCCUCGAAGUCAUUGAGUUUGUCAAGAGCAAGGGCAAGGAGAUCCGCUUCAGUUCAGAGGAUUCCUUCCGCUCUGACCUGGUCGACCUGCUGUCCAUCUACAGUGCUGUGGACAAGGUCGGCGUGAACCGCGUCGGUAUUGCCGAUACCGUUGGUUGCGCAACACCUCGACAGGUCUACGACUUGGUCAAGACUCUGAGGGGUGUUGUGUCAUGCGAUAUUGAAACGCAUUUCCACAACGACUCGGGUUGCGCCAUUGCCAACGCUUACUGUGCUCUGGAAGCCGGAGCCACACACAUUGAUACCUCCGUGUUGGGUAUCGGUGAGAGGAACGGCAUCACCCCUCUCGGUGGCUUGAUGGCCCGCAUGAUUGUGGCGGACCGCGACUACGUGCUCAGCAAGUACAACAUUAAGAAGCUCAAGGACAUUGAAGAGCUCGUCGCCGACCUUGUCGAAGUCAACAUCCCCUUUAACAACUACAUUACCGGUUUCUGUGCCUUCACCCACAAGGCCGGCAUUCACGCCAAAGCCAUCCUCAACAACCCCUCUACAUACGAAAUCAUCUCCCCCGCGGAUUUCGGCAUGUCGCGAUAUGUGCACUUCGCAAGCAGACUUACUGGGUGGAACGCCAUCAAGAGCCGUGCCGAUCAGCUUGGAUUGACAAUGACGGAUGCCGAGUACAAGGAGUGCACGGUUGAGAUCAAGAAGAUGGCCGACGUCAAGAAGAUCACCCUCGACGACACGGAUGCGAUUAUUCGCAAUUUCCACCACAACCAGGUUCACAACACGAACAAGCCGCUUCUUCCGGACCUCACCAAGGAGGACGAGCAGAAGCUCGCUCAAGUGGACAAGAAGAUUGAGGGCAUGCCGGAAAAGCGCCAGCUCGAUGCUGCUGUUGAGGCCGAUGCCGAGGACCGCGCCGCUAAGAAGACCAGGUCGACUGCUGCGUAG